AUGCCGCGCAUCCCAACACUCCUCAACCCUCCGCGAGCUGCUGCCGCUAGCCCCAUUGUCACCAUGUCGCAAAACGCCUCGCCCUCGCAGCCGCAGGACCGCCUGCAGGCCGACCUGACGCCCAAGUCGUAUGCCGAGGCUGCCGAAAAACCAGCAGACGCAGGUCAGAAGAAGUCCAAGGGCAGCAAGAAAAAGAAGUCCAAGUCCAAUGGAAGCCUCAAUAACGCCUCUGUGCCCCAACCGCAAGAUGACUUGCCUGUUCCGCAGCCUCCAGCCAGCGAAAAAUCCUUCGCAGAUGCAGCCGUCGCGCCGCCAGAGGAUUCACAAGUAGAUGGCGUGAGCAGCCCCGUGAAUGGACACAGAUCAUCGGAGACACCGGAUGGACCCAAGGACUCAAAGAAGACGGAAGACGAGAAGAAGGUCAUAUAUGAGAGGCUCGAGGGUCCGCACGGCGUCCGUCUCACCAGCGUGAAGCCUGAUGAUGAGUUCGAGAAGGAGCACCGCCAGGACAACAAGAAAGAGGAGAAGCCCGAGCUUACAAGCGGGAGAGAGGCUGGCAAAGGAUGGGAACGGAGCAAGAUACGAUGGGCUCCUCUCAACGUGCCGCUGCACCGUCGCCUCCAAACUCUCAUGGUUCUCUUGCAUUCGCUCUCCAUCGUCGGCAUGCUGACCAUCUUCUUCUUCCUCUGCUCCAUUCCAUUCCUAUGGCCUGUCCUUUUCCCAUACACACUAUUCGUCCUUUUCUCCAACGCCGGACAAGACGGAACACUCAGGCACCGCAAAGAGUGGCUGCGGCGCCUGCCCAUCUGGUCGCUCUACGCGUCCUACUUCCCAGCUCGCCUGCACCGCACCCAAGAGCUGCCGUCGACGCGCAAGUACAUCUUCGGCUACCACCCGCACGGCAUCAUCUCGCACGGGGCCUUCGCCGCCUUCGCGACCGAAGCGCUGGGCUUCUCGCAGCUCUUCCCUGGCAUCACCAACACGAUCCUCACGCUCGACUCCAACUUCCGCAUCCCGCUGUACCGCGACUACGCGAUCCGGCUGGGCAUCGGCAGCGUGUCGCGCGAGUCGUGCGAGAACCUGCUCAGCAAGGGCGGCCCCAACGGCGAGGGCAUGGGGCGCGCCAUCACCAUCGUCAUCGGCGGCGCGCGCGAGUCGCUCGACGCCGAGCCGGGCCGCAUGCGCCUGGUGCUGGCGCGCCGCAAGGGCUUCGUCAAGAUGGCGGUGCGCACCGGCGCCGACCUGGUCCCCGUGCUGUGCUUCGGCGAGAACGAGCUCUACGAGCAGCUCAACCCCCAGGAACACCCCCGCGUCCACCGCUUCCAGCUGCUCGUCAAGAAGCUCAUGGGCUUCACCAUCCCCAUCUUCCACGCCCGCGGCGUCUUCAACUACGACGUCGGCAUGAUGCCCUACCGCCGCCCCCUCAACGUCGUCGUCGGCCGCCCCGUCCAGGUGGUCCAGAGCCAGAAGCCCGACCCGGCUUACGUCGACGAGGUCCACACCCAGUACGUGCAGGAGCUGCAGCGCAUUUGGGACGAGUGGAAGGAUACGUUCGCCAAGGACCGGACGGGCGAGCUAGAAAUUGUGGAGUAA